CUGGUACUAUUGAGCGGCAUACCUACAGCCUUCUCGCCUCCGUCUCUUCGCCUUCUCUCCACCUCUCUUCUCUCUCUACCUAUCUCCAAGUCUCGCCUGCCCUAACUUCCCGUCUUCGAGCGCUGCUACGAUGAAUGAUACCCAAAUUGCCGGGUCGGGGCUGCAAGGCUUCCGGUUCGACCCCAGGAACUUCGACUUUGAGCUCUCGUACUUGAAUUCGGUCCUGGCUAUCGCGGCCGUCUUUCUGGUGCGGGGUGUCUGGUUGGCCGUAUACCGUCUCUUCUUCAGCCCCAUCGCCAAGUUCCCCGGCCCUAAGCUCGCCGCCUUGACGACGCUCUACGAGGCCUACUACGACUUGAUCAGUAAAGGCGGCGGCCAAACCGCCUUUAGGAUCAAGUCGCUCCACGAGAAGUACGGCCCCAUCGUCCGCGUCGGACCUAACGAGCUCCACAUCGACGACCCGGAGUACUACAAUGACGUCUACACCAAGAGCACCGCUUCGCGCCCCAUCGACAAGCUCGAGAAGUACAAGCAUCGCUUUGGCAUGCCCGAGGCUACUAUCAGCACCGUCGAGGGCGAGAAGCACCGUAUCCGGCGGGCUGCCAUCGCGCCUUUCUUCUCCAAGUCCCGCAUCAACGGCAUGAACGACACGCUGCUCGAAAUCGCCGAGCGUAUCUCGUAUCGUCUGAGCACCGAGUACGCCGGGACGGGUCGCCCUAUUGACGUAUGCGACAUGUGGGGGACUCUAACUGCGGAUGUCGUCUCCGAGUUGGCUUUCGCCCGCUGUACACGCUUCUCGGACUCCCCCGAUUUCAAGUCCCCGUACUCGUCCGCUCUCAUGAGCUGGGUCUUCGCAGCUCACUACACCACGCACUUCAACUCCCUGAUCCAGACGAUGCACUGGAUGCCCGAUAGGGUUCUAGGUACCCUAGUGCCGUCGUUCAAGCCCAUCCUCGACUACCGUGCCGCUAUCCGUCCUCAGGUCCGUGAGAUGCUCGCAGGCAAGAACAUGCUCGCGAAGGAGUCGUCGCACCCCACCAUCUUCCACGACAUCCUCGCGUCCGACCUGCCCAAGGAGGAGCUCAGCUUCAAACGGCUGACCCAGGAGGCCAUGAGUCUUUCCGGCGCUGGCAUCGAGACUACCAUGUGGACCUUGUCCGUCGCUACGUUCCACACCCUGUGGAACCCGUCGGUCGAGAAGCGUCUUGUGGCCGAGCUCACCGAAGCAAUGCCUGACCCUGCCAACAUCCUCCCCUGGUCCGAACUUGAGAAGCUGCCUUUCCUGUCCGCCGUCAUCAACGAAUGUGAGUGUCUCCCCCGAGUGUGUCGGGUAUAUUUGUGGAGAGGGGAAGAAACGACGCUGACUGGGACUCUGCUAGCUCUCCGCCUCUCGUUCGGCUCGGUGCAGCGCCUCCCACGUGUCAACCGUCUCGCGUCGAUGAAGUACGGGUCGUGGGAGAUCCCGGCAGGAACGGCGGUGAGCAUGGACGCGUACCAUAUGCACACCAACCCAGACAUCUUCCCGAACCCGCUUGAGUUCGUGCCGGAGCGAUGGCUGGGCGACCCUAAGGGCCCGGACGGCGUGCGCCCGCUCUCUUACUAUCUCGUCUCCUUUAUCCGCGGCUCCCGCGUCUGCAUCGGUAUGCACCUCGCCCUCAUGGAUAUGUACGUCGCGCUGGCGAUGCUCUUCCGCCGCCACAAGCUCGAGCUCUUUGAGACGGACCGCAGCGACGUCGACUUCAUCGUCGACCUCGUCCGCCCCAUGCCUAAGUGGGACACGAAGGGCGUCAGGAUCAUCGUCAAGAGUUAAAGUGGCAGAGUGUGCGUGUGGCGUGGGGGGCGCAGAAAAAGAUCACUUAAUACCCCGGACGCGCUGUCUGUCGAAAGAGGGGUUCGGGUUCGGUGGUCAUGUAGUUAAUAAUACCGCACACGUAGAUAUUAUCUGUAGAUCCGCCGGC